AGGUGGUAGAGGAGGAACCAGUGAGUCAUUUGCUGCUCCGCGCUCCGCACACGAGGAGGAGACUCGGAGCACCUGCGGGAUGUGUCCGUGAUGGAGAGGAGCGCGCCGGGCUCGUCCCCUCAGCAGAACCGCACCGUCCCCCCGGUGCGCGUCAGCGGCCACGGCUCCAUGUGCGGCUCCGGAGAGCGGCUGUCGCGGUGUGAGGAUCCAGCUGAAAGUUGGGCUCUGGACAUUGUUGCUGUAUCCAUCUGGCUGAGUUCAAGCUGAAAAUGCCCCCCUGCGUUCAACAGGAGGAAGCUGCCGACUGGUCACCAACCAUCCAACCCAGAAAAGUAGUUUCUGGCUCCAAGUUCUGAGCAAAUUAACUCUAAUUUUGUGCCCGAGCUGCAGUUUUUGGUUCAGAGAACAGGCGAGGGUUUGUCCAGAUGUGAUUACAACCAUCUAUCCCAUCAUGCAACUGUUUUUUCAGAGCAGCUGCAUAAUACAUUUAAACAUUUUCUAGAUGGAUUCACUGAUUUCAGCCUUCUAGGUUUUGUCUGCAUAUAUUAUACUUCUUUCUCAGUGUUUUUGCAUGCGUCCUGCAGUUUUAUUUUUCUUUGAUGCAUCUCUAAUGUAAUGGCUCAUUUGCCAGAGGCAGCAUUUUUCAAAUUUUUUUUGACAAGACUGACUUAAUGUGACCAUUACUUUAAUGGAUUUUAUGAGAAUUCCAUGAUGUCCCCUUUCUGCUGUGGUGAACUUAGCUAGGUGUGUGUAUCGGCCUACCUUUGCCGCACAGAACAGUGUCAAGCAUCAUUGUAGAAUUGGAGCAGAUGGUUCCUGUCAUGGACAUCAUGACCCCAGCUCCUCUGACACAGAACUGCUCCAACUGCAGCGAUGUUUUCGUCCCAGAGCUCAACAUUGUCAAGGCUGUGACUUUGGGCUUGAUCCUUGGUGUCCUCAUUGUGUUUGGAAUUGUGGGAAACAUCCUGGUAAUCCUCUCUGUAGCUUGUCACCGACACCUGCGGACGGUCACACAUUAUUUCAUAGUUAAUCUGGCGGUGGCAGAUUUGCUGCUGAGCUCCACUGUACUACCCUUCUCUGCCCUUUUUGAGAUCCUGGAUCGUUGGGUUUUUGGACGGGUCUUCUGUAAUGUUUGGGCAGCUGUGGAUGUGCUCUGCUGCACUGCCUCCAUCAUGAGCCUCUGUGUGAUCUCUGUGGACCGCUACAUUGGAGUCAGUUAUCCUCUGCGUUAUCCAGCCAUCAUGACAAAACGCAGGGCUCUGCUGGCGGUGAUGCUGCUGUGGGUGCUAUCUAUCAUCAUAUCUAUCGGACCUUUGUUUGGCUGGAAAGAGCCUGCUCCGGAGGACGAGUCCAUCUGCAAGAUCACAGAGGAGCCUGCCUACGCUAUCUUCUCUGCUGUGGGCUCCUUCUACCUCCCUCUCACCAUCAUACUGGCCAUGUACUGUCGGGUCUAUGUGGUCGCUCACAGAGAGAGCCAGGGCCUGCGGGAGGGCCACAAGACUGAGAAGUCCGAUUCGGAGCGGGUGAUACUCAGGAUACACAGAGGCAACGCGACCGUGACAGAGGACGAGGCCCUUCGCAACCGCACACACUUUGCACUGAGACUGCUCAAGUUCUCACGUGAGAAGAAAGCUGCAAAGACCUUGGGCAUCGUGGUGGGCUGCUUCGUGUUAUGCUGGCUGCCCUUUUUCCUGGUGCUACCCAUAGGCUCCAUAUUCCCUGCAUACAGACCUUCUGACACAGUGUUCAAGAUCACCUUCUGGCUCGGCUACUUCAACAGCUGCAUCAACCCCAUCAUCUACCCGUGCUCCAACCAGGAGUUUAAGAAAGCUUUCCAGAGUUUACUUGGAGGUCGCUGUUUAAGAAGGACUCCCAGACCACAGCAUCAACAUCUGAGUGCAGGUCAGAGUCAACCACAAGGUCACAGCAAGCCCCUCACGCUGGGCCCAGACAGCAGGGCGGCUCCCUGUCAGCUCAGCCCCUCCUCUUCCAUGGCCUUGUCCAGGACCCCUUCCUCCAAGGACAGCAGGGACUGGAGGGUCUUUUCUCGAGGCUCCGCGAGCGGCUCGGGACCGGCCACGGCGGGCAGGGCUAAAGUGGCCAAACUCUGCAGCAAGAGCUUCCACCAAACCUGCUGCUGCAUCCUCAGCAGCGGGACCCCCCCGCAGGAGUCAGACUGUGCCCAGCCCCCCCCUGCCGGAAACCUUCCCACCAUUAAAAUCCACCAACUGUCCUUGUCGGAAAAAGGAGAGUCUGUGUAACCGCUGUAAUCCUUCAUCCAUUAGUAACGACUCCACUUUCAAUGUCACAGAAGAGAAUAUAUAUCCUUUUUAUCCUGUUGACAUCACAACUGCUGCUUUGACGUUUAACAUUUUUAAUGUCACUGCCUUGAUAUCAUUCUGUGAUUUUUGCUUGAUGUGAGAAAAUCUUCCAAAGAAAUAUCAUAAGCACUAUAUGUUUCCUCUUCAAGAAGAAGGCUGUCUUAAAGACAAACUACUGCAACACGCAGCUUAUCACUGAACUAAAAUGUCUUCUUUUAAAUCCUAAUGGCAAAGCCAAUGUCUACUCAGUUUUGGAAACGACCCUGUGAGCACUCGCUUACUGAUGUGGACCAAAUUUAAAGAACCAUAUGGAGAAGCUGUGAAUUUUUAAGAGGACCAAAAUAUUCCUGGAUGUUUACAUGUUUAUAUCACAGAGGAGCCAUUUAAAAUGUAUAAAAAUGUGAAUAGCAAAGUUUUAUAUAUAUUGCAUGAUUUCACCAAAUGUUACAAAAAAGUGCUGGUCUGUGGUGCUCCCGUCGUUUGCCUAUAACUCUGUUCCUGAGACGCUGUGUGCUUCCAUGUCACAUUACAAUAAAUUUGUAUGACAAAUUC